GCUGACACAGAGGAAAAGAGCAAGACGCCAAUUCGUGUAGCUCGAAAGUAAAUUGCUUAAUUUUAGUGACGUAGCAUCAGAGGGGCGGAAAGUUGCAUUUUUGUCUCCCUUUCAUUCCUUAGUCAGAAAAUCAAGCCAGUAUCGUCACUUGACUAAAGACCACCGAUUCGGAAAUUACAUCCUCUUUUUCACAAGCAAAUUAUGAAGACCCAGCAAUUGUCCACAAACACGAGCCCUCUCAAUGGGUUUGUUUUUUAUCUUGUCAUUUUUGCCGACAUUUCUGUAUCUUGAAACGCGUGUUUUUUUUCUCGAAACAAGUAGUUAAUUGCAAUAUUUGGAGUGGGAAUAUAUUCGAAGAAAAGAGUAUGCACGCCUGAAAAUGAAAAGACAGCUUCGGCGUGGGAAAGCAACAGAACCAGCUGAAUGAAUUCCCGGCAGGUUCCUUGAUGGCCUUGUAUGCUGUAUGACUGGUGGAGGCCAAGUCAAUUUGGACACAAAUAUCUUCGGAUCCAGUCCUUGAAAACAUUAAGGUGGUGAGAUGAUGUUCACAGAAAAGAGUGUCACCACAGUGCCUAAGAAGGUUGGAAAAAAGAAGACCCGGCCUCAGGGCCUGCCAUCUCCAGCACUGUGCUGUGCUUGUGGCUUGUGCAUCAUGCUGGCAGGAAUCAAUAUCACACUGGUGGGUGCUUUUGCAUUUGGAACGUUUAUGCCCAUGAACAAUCCACCAAUCAUAAUUGGCCCCAUCCUGCUGGUCGUGGCUUUCACCUUUUUUGGGGCCUGUUGUAUUUGUAGCCGCCGACCUCCUGCCCAGGGAUCUCGCAAACCUAAAGGUGGCAAUAACUUGGGUUUGAUCCGCACGGGUAACACUGCCUUUGAAAUUGAAACCAGUGAGCACACCCUGCAGGAUACAACUGCUGUCCAGCUCAGCCCCACCAACUCACCAGGCUCUUCACGCAAGUCCAGUCCAGCACAUGAUGGACCACAGGCAUGUAAGCUGUUUACCAUGGAUAACAAUGGACCUGCUGCCCACUACACUGCAGGCGGGGAUUCCAUUCAGCUCAACCUGCCGAGGGACCUGGCGGCUGCCUAGCACAGUGAGGACUGCUGUCUCUUCUCAAGUCAUGGGGCUGCUUGGCAAGUUAUGAAGUGCUUUGUCGAAGGGCACAGAGCAGUCAUUGUUUUCCACGAAAUAGCUGGAUUAGAGGGGCCCAUAGCUCAGUCAGUGUGCAGAGGGCCAUUCACCCCAUAACCUCAGAUGAAAUUAUGCUUUACUGCAAAGUGAAGGAGAUGAAGGGUGCAGUUAACUGUUUCCACCAAACUGAUCACCUGAGUUUCAAAAUGUGGGUAUAGUGGUUCAGCCUUCAUUUCAGAACCCAAGGGGUAAAAAUCAUAAAACAGAGCAAUAUGAUUUUCAUGGAGUUCAAUGUGAAAUGUCAGGCACUGAGAUUGUCUCAGGUCUUGUCUCUUUGACCUUCUUGUGGACUAAUGGGGGACACGACAGAUGUGUAAGUGGAGAGAUCAUGAAAUGACAGUACAGCAACACUACAUAGAGCUACAUAUUUAUAUAUACAAUAUAAUAUUUUUUCUUAACUAACUGCAAAAUGUUGAAAAUGUCAAGAACUUAUUAUUAAAACCUGCAGUUGCCGGGUCAAUAUUUUUACUCCCACCUCAGUUAAAACAUGGGAACUGGCCUUUAAUGUCUAUAGCUGCUCCAGGCUUCUAGCUUUUAAUGCUUAUAACUCCUCUGGGCUUCUCUCAGUGCUAUUUCUUAUGAAACUCUGCUUUGAGCGUGUUAUCUUCAGGUCUAGGACAAGCCAAAUUAGCUAUGAUCUGCUUAUUUUUAGCGUCCAGAAGCCAUACUAGAAACGUAAAGCAAUCCCUCUGGGUGCUGUUAGCCUGUACUUCCACACUGAUACCAUUACAUUUGAGAAUAACGGCGGUAAAGACUUGUACUGACUAGCUGGUCAGCUUCUGUGCUGCGGGGAGUAGCAGGAGGGUUACUUGUUCUGUGACGAUGGAAAAGCCUUUGAAUUUUAGUCAUUGAUAACUGUUUGGGGGUCCUGAUCUUGCAUAGUAUAAGCAGAACCAUCAUGAUAAAACACAUCAUGUUACAUAAAAAAAGAAGUGUUGCCUAUAAAGUUUCUUGCACAACAGCAAAUCUUUUCUACUAUGCAGGUAUAAAAGGAUAUCUGAAUCAAUGUGGAGUCCUCUUCUGAAAGUCCCUCUAUGUCUUUGCAUUAUUGCUCGCUAAGUUCUUUGCUGAUACUUAAUGUCAUUUUUAUAAACUGUUAAGAGCUAAAUAUGUAAAUAGUGCUGUUAAUAGAGAGCGGAUGAAGUAUUAGAGAUUGAGCUCAAUGUAAGCUAAUAAAAGUCAUGAGCAGGUUGUUAAUGUUUUAUCGACGGUUAAUAGAUGACUUAUUGUACAUUUCCAACGCAUCAUACAUAGCUUUUAAACCGUCACCUUUUUUUUUCGGUAGUGAUCCAUUUCCUGUUAUUCAGAAUGGCUCCUUUAAAAGGAGAGCAACUCCAAUGCCACAGAUCCCUGCUAGUGUGAUAGUGAGCCCGUACUCCUGUCGUACCUGAGCUAAACCUAACAGUUCCAAGUAUUUCUCUGUGAUCAUCUUCCAUGCCCUGCUGUUGUAAUUGUCUCUAUAUCUGAUUUGAUAUGUUCUUUACUAACAUGGAGGUUGAGCUAAUGGCUUCUGGAAAUUGGAUUGGAAGGGAUAAGAUGGCAUUAAUUACAGGCGCAGAUUGCCUUUUGUCACGUUUAAAAUUUCACAUGGGGUUUACCUAAUGAUAGUUUAGUACAGAAGAGACGUGUGUCAUCUGUGUCUGAAGUCAAACUUUGGAUUCACUGUGUGAUUUCUCCUAAUCCUUUCCUGUUGUGUUAUGAAUCCUCGGAGAAUGUUCUUGUCUCUGAAAUAACUCAUUCCAUCCAUCCAUUAUCAGACUUGCUUAAUCCAAUUUGUGCUUGCAAAGCCUAUCCCAGGAACACUGGGUGCAAGACAGGAACCUAUCCUGAAUGGAGUGACAGUUCCUCCAGGGCACAAUCAGGCCAAUUCAGAAUCACCAGCAUCUCUUUUGAUGUAGGAGGAAGACUGGAGUGUCAGGAGAGUGAACAAUGCUGACAUUGAACAUGCAGACUCCAUAUAGACUUUCUCUGGGACUGGUGUGAAUACAGGACAGUAGAUCUGAAAAGUAGUAGCACUAACUACUAUGCUUGUGUGGCCAACUCUGAAAUGGCUCUCAUAAAUAAAUCAGUUCACCCAAUCUUCCUCAUCCAAGUAAAUCUCAGAAUAUCACACAUGACUAAGAAUGAUAUAAAGAUUAAUUUAAUGGGACAGAAAGGUGAGGAGGUAAAGGCUCCAGUAGACAACAGGAAUAACUGCAUGCUCUUUCUUUCUAGUGCCAUGCAUCCAAUCAUUUUAACUUUAGCAUUUUGUAUGUCACUUACUUUUACUGUGUGAGACUUGCAAGUUACAGUUGAUUCUCCCUAAUUAAUGUUACCAGAUAAACACCUCGGGAGCUGAUUAUUGCAGUUUAAUCUCUUUGAUUACUCAAAGAAAAGACAUGUGACCUCAAAUAGCUACUGUUCAUAGGCAGAUUAGUUUAAAAACAAAAAAUAAUAAAUUUAAUAAUCUAUUUAUUAGUGAGGUUCAAGCCUGCCUUGGUCACAGUGUCUGGGGAGUUUCACACAGUCUUGUGGUUUUCAUCUCACAUCUUAAACACAUAGGUGUGUGUUAGGUUAACUGGUAAGUCUGUGUGAGUGUCCCCAGUCGCGGACUGGCACUUCAGAUGGUUUUGGUGACUAUAAACUGAGUGAGUUUAGAUGUGUUAGUGAGGUGCCCUAUGACUGACUGGCACCUGAGGUGGUUCCUGCCUUGAGCUCAAUGCUGCCAAGAUAAAUAGAAGCAAAUUGAAACCCUGAUCUGGAGAAUGAAAUGAUGGAUGGAUGGAGGUUUUGCAGAAUUAUAGAUAGAAUUUAAAAGACCUAAACUCUUUUGACAAUAUAAUGAACUGAAACAAAAUGAGUUUAUAGGGCUUUGCUUUCUGGGUUAUGUUGGUCAAAAUAUUUAAUGGGCAAAUUUCAGUAUUUAAGAAAAUUUCUGAAAAUCAACAGUAGUUCAAUGCCUUCUUGCUUUGUGAUGUUUUCUAUUUGUUGUUCACUGUAUGUUUUUUUUAUUUUUUAAAGUAUAUUGCCAUAAUGUUAAUAUCUUUUUGCAGGUGUAUCUUUAUCUUGUACUCUAAGUUUUGCAGGCUGUGCAAAAAUAGUUACUUUUUUGUAAUCUAAUAGCUUUGAUGUACUGUGGUCAUCAGAGUGUUCUGACAGUUUGACAUAGCAAAAGAUGAGUAGCAUCUUUGAAGACCUAAGGCCAU